AACUCCGAGGCAGCACAUCCUUACCCAGACUACACUUCCCAGAAAUCUUCGCGGCCCCUUUCGGGACUACAGGCGAAUCCACCAUGCCCCUCCGCGCAGGCUGUGAUGUCAUCAUUCCGCGCAGACUCUGGCGCUGACGUGGCGGGAGACGGAACAAGUUUGGGACUUUUGGGGCUUCAGGGACCACGAUGAGGCGCGCGGGCUUAGGCGAGGGGGGGCCUCCCCCCGGACACCACGGCUACUCGGCCAGCGGCUACAGCGCCUUCGAGGAGGAGAACGACCGGCUGACGGAGAGCCUGCGCUCCAAGGUCACGGCCAUCAAGUCGCUCUCCAUUGAAAUAGGGCACGAAGUGAAGCAUCAGAACAAAAUGCUCGCCGAGAUGGUGAGUGGCGGCUCUCCCCUCCCCCACUGGCGGCCGGCCGGCUCUCCCAUGACUGGGGGCGGAGGGUUAGGCCCAUCGGCCAGUGCUGGGUGUUUCCUCCUUCUCACAGGACUCCGAGUUCGAUUCCACCACGGGCUUUCUGAGCAAAACCAUGGGAAGGCUGAAGGUGCUGUCGCGAGGCAGCCAGGCCAGGCUCCUGGCCUACAUGGCCCUGUUCACCCUCUUCGUCUUCUUUGUCAUUUAUUGGCUCAUUAAAUGGAGAUGAUGCCAGCGGCUCUGAGGUUCCCAUUUGUGCUGCCCCCCCAUGGGGCCAGGCCGCCCCCAGGUGGGCUUCGGGAGGACCCUGGGCUGGCCCCCGGGGUUCCCCUGCUCCCCCCACUGGAGAGAAAGUGGCUUCCCCUUGGGUAGCGCGGGGCGCUGCCCUCCCCCUUCUGCGCGUUCCUCUGUCGGGAUGGGGGGCCGCGGGCCCAGAGACGACGAUCCGGGGAUCCCAGCGGGCCUCGGCUGCCCCGGUGGGUGCGGGGGGAAGGGCCCGGCCCGGCCGCUCAGGGUUGUCUUCAUCAGAGAACUGAGAAAUAAAUUUGCUUUCAAUGCA